CCUUCCCCAGAACUGCAGUGCAGCCAUUGCAGCCACUGAGGCAGCGCUUUCCAUCAGCAAGGUCUGCACUGCAGUAUGAGCGCAACAAGGGGUGAAGCGGCAGGAGGAGAUGGAGAACGGCUCUAGGUCCCUGAGGCUGAGGCCAGGAAGACCCCAGCAGAGGAUAAAGGUGAUGCAGAUGUAAUUAAUGGUGUCUGCAAAGUGUUACAAACCUCCAGAGGGCAUCCAGACCUGGUGAGAUUUCGGUGGGGCACAGAGCUUCAGGUAGCCCUGGCCUAGGACAGCAGCAGCCAAGAGCACUGGAGGUUUGCAGGAUGGAAUUAUGGACCUCAUGGAUCCUUCUCGUUACAGGCCAAAGGAAUGUGGAGUUUUCAAGCUUCACUGUGAAAAUCAAAACACUUAAGAAAAAGUGAUAAAGCGAGAGGCCAAUCUCUACAACAUAUAGGUCACCCUUUACUUGGAGCUCAUUUGCCUUGCAAAUACUGUAUUGUUACUUGCUGGGUCCCUCCCUGCUCACUUAAAUGACUAACUCCACCCCGAAAAAGAAGAACUUUUCUGACCUGCUGGAGGAGAGGCAGAUCCUGACACCAUGGGGCCUGUCAGCUACUCAUCAGAGACCUACGACUUGAGCCAGGUGGAGCUGAGCGGUUACUACGAGGCUGAGAACAGCACUCCUUCUUUGGAAGGCUACUUUUGCUUCAAUCCGGCCUCAUCUGUGGUUGGCAACCAGAGAGACCCCUUCAGGAAGGUCUUCAUACCGCUCGCCUAUCUGCUUAUGUUCGUGUUGGGAACUGUGGGCAAUGCCCUGGUCCUUGUCAUUUUAGAGAGGUUCAAACGCUCUCGAACAACCACGGAAAACUUCCUCUUCCACCUCACCCUGGCCAACCUGGCACUGCUGCUCACCUUCCCCUUCAGCGUGGUUGAAAGCCUGGCUGGGUGGGUAUUUGGGACUUUCCUCUGCAAGAUCCUCAGUGCGGUCCACAAGAUCAAUUUCUACUGCAGUAGCAUGCUGCUGGGCUGCAUCGCGGUGGACCGCUACUUGGCCAUCGUGUACGCGAUCCACACCUACCGCAAGCGCAGAGCUCGCUCCAUCCACCUCACCUGCACGGCCAUCUGGCUCUCCUCCCUGCUCCUGACCUUACCCGAUCUCAUCUUCAUGGAAGUCUGGACAGAUGAGAGCAACCGCAGCAUUUGCUAUUUUCCGGAGGCUGGGAUUCAUGGCAACAACGUGUGGCUGGCAACUCGCUUCCUGUACCACAGCGUGGGUUUCUUCAUGCCCCUGCUGGUCAUGUGUUACUGCUACAUGGCCAUCGUCCGCACUCUGUGUCAUUCCCAGCGCCUGCAAAGGCAGAAAGCUGUCCGUGUAGCCAUCCUGGUCACCGGUGUGUUCCUGCUCUGCUGGAGCCCGUACCACAUCGUCAUCUUUCUGAACACUCUUACCAAGCUAGAAGCCUUCACCAAGAACUGCCUGCUGGAGGAUCAGCUGGACACCGCCAUCAUGGUGACGGAGGCCAUCGGCUUCACGCACUGCUGCCUCAACCCCAUCAUUUAUGCCUUCAUAGGAGUCAAGUUCCGUAAUGACUUCUUCCGUAUCCUGCACGAGCUGGGCUGCAUGAGCCAGGAGACCCUACAAGAGAUCCUAGAGGUGACAAGGAAGGGCUGCGGAAUCGAGUCUGACAACACCACCUCCAUCUCCACUUUCUAACUCAGAAAGGUUGCUGCAGGACCGAAAUGGCCUGCCCAGUAGCGUAUGUGCUGUGUCCCAGUCCUAAGUUUUACAAGUGUCCCCACCACUCUCUUCAUUCCUUGGGAAACCGAGGUCUGAUAGCCACCUAACACCCAAAUCCCACCGCAUCGCUUCUGUGGUUCCUUCUGGUUACAUAUGUACCAAAAUCUGUCUGGCAGCUGUUGGCAAAUGCCGACUGUCCGAUUGUCUCUGGCAGGGAUGGAGGAACCAAAGCAGGUUGAGCCUGUUGUUGCCACAUCUCCAUCACCAAACUGACUGCAGGAGUCCUGUGCACAGAGCCAGAUGCAAAACUGA